CUCGUGUGAUAUAAUCUAACAAUGGUGCUCUGCUCUAGAUGGCAGAACCAUUCAGAUACAAACUAAAUUCAUUAUGAGCACGCAAAACGUUAUCGUCGUACCAGUAGCAGGCGAAGGUGCUCGACAGCCUGGCCAGGAUACAACAGAGAUUGCUUCGACAAUUCAACAUGCGUUGGAAGAGAAUGCACAUCCGACGCAGCCACAGCCUGGACCGUUGAAGCAGAUCAUAGCCCAUCAAGAGUCGCUUUACCAGUACAUCAACUGGAAUGAUCCGACCCGUACCCUGGGCUCUUAUAUCGGCGUUCUCAGCCUGCUGUUCGGUGCACACUAUCUCCCGCUUACCCAGAUAGCCUUGAAGGGUGGAGUGACCGCCCUGGGAUUGGUAUCAGUUACCGAAUCUGCCAGCCGCAUGUUGGGCAACCGCUCUCUGUCAGCUCAGCUACGGCCUAAAGAGUACAAGACGUUCCCGGAGCCGACCCUCAACGCGACACUGAAGGACAUUCAUGACUUUGUCCAGUACGCUGCAGUUCAGGCUCAAAAGAUCAUAUUUGGCCAAGACCUACAAAAGACAUUUGCUUCAUUCCUCGGUCUGACAGCUCUAUACUGGCUCGUCAAAGCAGUCCCUCCUUUCUGGCUCGCCGUCCUAGCCGUAACUUCAGUCUAUGCCGCCCCCCUCAUCGCCUCCCCACGCAGCCGCAAAAUGGCCCGCGAAGCCGGCACAAAUGCCCAGGAACUCGCGGCGGCGGCCACCCACAACGGCCGCAUGCUCGCCCAUGACGCAAGCACAGGUGCUCAGAAACUUGCCAACACCGUCACGGAAACUAGCCGCGCAGCUACAAACAGUAUCAGUUCGGGUGCGCAGGAGGUAGCAAACCAAGGGAACGUGCUGGCGCAAAAAGCAAGCCCAAGCUGCCAGCUCCACUACUACCCAUGGCAAGGAACACGCAUACACAAACACUCACGGCCCCACUGUCUAUGCUUCCAGCACUGGGAAUGACAGAGCUUCAGCAGUAACAGGCCCAGAAGCCGACCGCUCCACUCCCCGCGGUGUCGUUGCUUCGUCCCAACAACCGGUUUACACGGGUGCGGCGGUGACGGAGGCGGAGAAGCCUGCAGUUAUGUAUA